AUGGUCGCAAAUUGGCAAUUAUGGCUGUCCUCGCGGCCGACCAGGCGAACCAACACGGCGGUCCAGCCUUCCCUGCUGACGGCGGGCGACAACAUGCUAUACGAAUUCGCGAUGGAGAAUGACGGCCGGCGAACCGUAAAGGAGACGCACUAUAUCCACAAGAAGACGGUGAGAGACGGCUUAUCCGGCCCGCCUUUGCACAUUCAUUUAUCGCAAAAGGAAACAUUCCAGGUCGAGCAAGGAGUCUUGGGCGUAGUGCAGAAUGGCAAGGAAAUCGCAAUCUCAAAGGAUGAUGGACCUGUGUCUAUCGAGCCAGGCGUAAGGCACCGGUUCUGGGCGCACGCAUCUGGCAAGGAAGACCUCAUCUUCAAGGUCUGGGUCGAGCCACAAGAUGCCGACUUUGGUUUCGACGAAGACUUUAUGCGCAACUUUAGCAGCUACCUCAAAGAUUGCGAGAGUGAGGGCAUGUCGCCGUCGAUAUUCCAGAUGCUCUUAUUCUUGUACCACAGUGACAUGGUGCUGACACCUCCAUUUUGGCUGCCCAUCUGGUUUCUGGUUGGACUUCACCACGUCUUUGCCUACUGGGUUGGAGCAGGUCUACUUGGGUACUUUUACUUACCAUAUAUUGUGGAUUUGGAUGACUGA